GGACAAAUUGCCCAAUGUCGUUAUUACUGACCCUUUAUAACGUCCAAGAUAUGUGUUUACGUUGAGGGUUAGAACCGUUCUGUGGUCACUAGUGACGUCGCGACGUCUGUGUCCGUGUUUGUGUGUCGGGCUGAUAUAAGAAAUGACCACAACUCUAUUUGUAUAGUUACUGCUGAUCAUCAGUUACACGGUAACAACAUUCGCCGUUCACCAUGUAAGAUUAGCUACACCUCAUAUCCCCCACCAAUGUACGUGAUGCCCUUGUGUUGUUAUAUUAUAGGGUCAGCACACUGCAGGGCGACACAUACUGUCUGACAUAUCUAGUACGACGUGACAGGUAUGGGAAGAAACAACUUCCAGUUACAGGUGAUAGACGGUGACACCAACAGCCGAGAUGGUAGUACGUAUCAGUUGGUUGGCAGCCUAAGACUAAGAAAAAGACGCAAUCGCUAUAUCUACAUCGGGUUGUUUGUUGCUACAGUGUGUGGUCUAGCUAUCGGCUUAGGACUUGGUCUUGGGCUCCAAAAACAUAAUGACAAUGCAAGUAAUACAAACGGAGUGGGGAGUGCUGCAAAAAGUCAAAAGAUACAGCAAAAUGGAGAAUCUACAAAAGGACCCCUACCUGUUACUGUGGCAGCCUCUGUACCACCCCCAACCACUACUACUGUCGCAAAGGAAACGGUCCAUCCCUCGACAAAAACGACCAAGGCCACCACUUUACCAACCUUGUCGACAGUACCCACUACCAGUAGUCCACCAGGCCUCACCACCCACAAAACAGGGGCACAGACCUGGAUGGACCAGCCUUGUGAAGCGAACAAGAAAUCCUGUCCUUGGCAUGAAGGACGUACCCCUCCUCUGCUGCUGGUGUCACUAGAUGGGUUUAGAGCAGAGUAUCUCCAUCGAAAUAUGACUCCCACCAUUGAAAGGCUGAGGGACUGUGGGGUACAUACACCAUACAUGAGGGCUACCUACCCGACCUUGACCUUCCCAAACCACUACACCAUUGUCACAGGCCUGUACCCAGAGUCUCAUGGCAUUGUAGACAACAACAUGUAUGACCCUGUCAUAAACCAGACGUUCACUCUGUAUGGAAGCGUCAAGUAUGGUCCUCAGUGGUGGGGCGGAGAACCGAUCUGGACUACAGCAAAGAAACAGGGCAAGAAAUCAGCGUCCAUGUUCUGGGUCGGGUCUGAUGUCAACAUCUCAGGGAUACAGCCAGAUACAUGGAGAAUGUAUGAUGGGUCAGUGACCUUUGAGGAAAGAGUGGACACUGUCCUUGGAUGGCUGAGCUUGACAGAUGACCAGCGGCCUGACCUUAUCACCCUGUACUUCGACGAGCCUGACCACUCUGGACAUGGCAGUGGGCCAGUAAGCUCAAAGGUAAACUCCAUGCUGACGAGAGUUGACCAGGUGAUAGCGAGGUUGAUGGAAGGCCUGUAUAGCCGUGACAUACACAACUGUGUAAACCUCAUCAUACUUGCUGACCAUGGAAUGGAGGCCACAUCUUGUGACAGGAAGGUAGAGCUAAGUACCUAUGUCAAAACCAAUGAGGUGCUAGUGUUUGACGGCACCAUUGGUCGAGUCCACAAGGAUUUCCAUCAACAAAAGAUUGGCAAGGAGUAUGUUGUGGUCAAAAAUACUACAGUGAUGACUGAAGCAGCCCUGCUGAAGCGACUGGAGUGUAAGAGUGGCCAUUUCCAUGCCUUUUCACAACAAGACAUUCCUGUCCGCCACCACUACUCCAACAACCCACGUAUAGGGGAUGUCAUCCUGGAUGUCCAGGCCAAGUGGACAGUGUCAAGGAAGCGAAGUUCCUUUUGUUUGCAAGGUAACCAUGGUUACGACAACCUGUACAAAAGUAUGCAGGCUUUAUUUUUGGCUCAUGGACCAGGAUUUAAGGUGAAUUACACAACCAAACCAUUUGAGAACAUUGAGCUCUACAACAUGAUGUCAGAUCUACUAGAGAUUGUGCCAAGCUCUAAUAAUGGUACCACUGGGUCACUGGAUGACAUGCUGAAGAACCCUCAAACAAGAGAUCAACCCAACUUAAGUAAAUGUCCCAAGUGUAAUACACAUAUUGCUAUUGGACCACAACAGGCACUCUGUGGCUGUGACAACAUGCUGCCAACUAGCACCACUGCCUCGGUGCGGAGUUAUACCCCCUUGUUUGGCGCUCCGGUCACCACUCAUAGUGGGUUACAGAUAUGUGAACUGGAUCAGGGAAACUUCAGGACUGGGUACAGCAAACUGUUUCAUACACCUGUCUGGUCAACCUUCACUCUCACCAGGAAACAGAAUGUGAGUUUGUUGGACGAUGCAUGUGUGCUGCUAGACCAGAGAUUACCGAAGGUUUCAUGUGACAGUUACCAUGGUAACAACAUCACACAGGUGUUUCUGUACAAUCCAGGUUUUGACACCAUACAGACAGAGAGUAGACUACACACCAACACUGUCCCAAUGUACAGAGGAUUUUAUUCAGGUAUUUGGCGAUAUGUGUGGACAUUGAUAAGUGAUUACAACAGACAAUCACAGGGCAUCCAAGUGACCGCUGGACCGGUGUUUGACCACAACUCAGAUGGACUAUGGGAGGGGAUCACCAACAGCACAAGAUUUGUGGAUGCUGGGAAAACUGUUGCGAUACCGUCCCAUUAUUUCAUCAUUCUUGUCCGAUGUUCCGAACCACUGGUCAAUGUGUCGUCAUGUGAUGUUGACAAGCUGGACACAAUGACCUUCAUCAUCCCACACUUGGACAGAGAACCCAACUGUCUGCCAGAUGAAGACUACCUGGCCCAACAUGUUGCUAGGAUACGGGAUGUGGAGCUACAAACAGGACUGGAUUUCUUUUCAGAUUUAGAUGUCGUCCGAAGUGUCAAACUGAGGACGCACCUGGCCACACAAGUGUGGGCAGUCAAAGACCUGGCUCUUCACUGGUCAGAACUAGCCUGUAGUGACCACAGCACUGGUCAGUGUAAAGGGAAGAAGCCCUUGCUGCUGAUCUCCCUGGAUGGGUUUCGUGCUGACUAUAUCCAGAGGAACAUCACACCUGUCAUCCACAAGAUGCGUCAGUGUGGGGUACACACUCCAUACAUGAGGGCUACGUUCCCUACUGUGACCUUCCCCAACCACUACACCAUUGUCACAGGGCUGUACCCAGAGUCGCACGGAAUAAUCUCCAACAAGAUGUACGAUGAGCACAUUGGGAAAUACUUCACAUUGGGCAGCUGGACCAAGAUGGACCCACGCUGGUGGGGAGGCGAACCAAUAUGGAUAACGGCAAAGAAGCAAAAUAAGAAGACAGCGACCUACUUUUGGCCAGGAUCUGAUGUCAACAUUUCUGGAACUUAUCCUGACUAUUGGAAGCCCUACAAAGGCUCCGCGGGCUACCCCGAACGUGUGUCUGAAGUCCUAGACUGGCUGACCAUGCCAGAGAACGAGAAGCCGGACAUGGUCACCUUGUACUUUGACCAACCAGACCAUGCAGGUCAUCAACAGGGACCAGAGAGUGGCCUGUUGAACGAGCGACUUCGGACUAUGGACAUGAUGGUGGGACGACUGAUGGACGGUCUCUACCAGCAGAAUCUACACGAUUGUGUCAACAUCAUCAUCAUUGCUGACCACGGGUUUGAUGACACGUCCUGUAACCAGAUCGUGGACCUGUCAAAACACAUCAAUACCAGCCAGGUCCUGAUCUCCAGCGGAACAUUCGGACGCAUUGAGACUAAAUACAGCGGCCCCAGGAAGAACAUUAAGAUAAACGAAAAUCCUGUACCAGUCAGUGCCCUCGUAGAUAAACUGAUGUGUAACACAUCUGUGAUGAAGGUCUUCACCAAAGAAACGGCACCAAAGCGGUUCCACUACCUUAACAAUCCACGUGUGGGAGACAUCCUGCUGGACAUGGCUGACCGGUGGCUUGUGUCCACGAAUUCAUAUUACAGCAAUUGUGAUGGAGGUAACCAUGGCUGGGACAACAUCUUCAAGUCCAUGCACGCUUUGUUUCUGGCUCAUGGCCCAGCUUUCAAACAGAACAUGACAAUUCGUCCUUUUGAAAAUAUCGAGCUGUACAAUCUGAUGUCGGAGUUGUUGGAUAUAGACCCUGCCCCCAACAACGGAACACUAGGGACUCUGGACCACGUGUUGGUGAAAAAUAGUACAAGAGGACAAUUGAUGAUGCCACAAGUCCCAGUGUGUCAGUCUGGUCAAGUCCCCACCCCGUCUCUCUGUGGACAGAACCAGUCAUCCCCUGAUCUGCAUCUGCCAAGGAUAGUUCUAAAUCAAACAAGUGUGUGUCAACUGAACUAUCCAAAACAGAUCACAGUAUACGACACCAUGCUGAAAUCGCCUCUCUACACAACGUUUACAUUAACAGACCAAAUGGUAAGAAAUACCAGCUCAGAGGACGUGUGUAUCAUGGACAGACUUGAGAAUCUGUGGUUGUACCAGCCAAAUUAUCCACACUUCUACACAGAGAUUUGGAAUUUCACUCGCGGCCUGAUCAAGCAAUAUGCUCUGCAGUACGGUAACCUCACAGUGACAUUGGGCCCGGUGUACGACCAUGAUGGAGACGGACUAGCUGACACCAACCGAUCAAGCGAGGCGACGGGUGAGGAGAGUUCCCCGUCCCCUUCCCAUGUGUUUGUGGUGAUGAUGAGAUGUGCCUUACCUGGACAGGUAUACCCCUGUGGUGGGGACGACGCUUCCAUACUUAUCCAGUCAUUGGUACUGCCCUACCUCAACUUCACGCCCAACUGCCUGUACCUGGCAGACUACUUGAAGGACAAUAUAGCACGGGUCCGGGAUGUGGAGCUCCUUACAGGUCUAAACUUCUUUGUGGAGGGAAGGUUUUCAGUGUCAGAAGCUGCCAGACUGCGGACACAUCUGUCGGAGAAGCUAUGGCCAUCACAAAGCCUGAGGACUUGGCUGGAUUCUCCGUGUCCAGUGGCAGAAGACUCCUGUACAUCUAGCUACCGGCCUCUGAUCCUGAUAUCUUUAGACGGGUUCAGGGCGGACUACCUUCUCCGUAACUUUACACCCUACAUUGGCCGUCUGAGUCGGUGUGGGACUCGUGCACCGUACAUGAGAUCAGUGUUCCCGACAAAGACUUUCCCCAACCAUUACUCCAUUGUUACCGGAUUGUACCCCGAGUCUCAUGGAAUUGUAGACAACAGCAUGUUUGACAGUAACCUAGACAGUACAUUCAAGAUAGGAGGCAGUGCUUUUAAUCAACAGUGGUGGCAAGGAGAGCCGAUUUGGAGAACGGUUAUGAAUAACAACAAGACGGCUGCCACUUUCUUCUGGCCGGGGUCUGACGUAAAAGUCAACGGAACGUACCCUACUUAUUUCAGAAGAUAUGACCAGAAUGUGGCUUAUGAUAACCGGGUGCAACAAGUGCUGAAUUGGGUGACCAAUGAAAAACCAGAUCUUAUAACUCUCUACUUCGAUGAGCCCGAUCAAUCAGGACACAAGUACGGACCAGACAACAUUGUGAAGAUUGGUCUAGCACUGGAGAGAGUAGAUGCGGCCAUUGGUCAACUGAUGGAGGGACUCAUGCACCGUGGCCUCCAUAACUGUGUGAACAUCCUCCUCAUAGCAGACCACGGUAUGUCCAGCAUAUCUUGUGACCGGUUGGUACUAAUGGAGGACUACCUGUCUAAUACAACCCUGUCCAAGAUGCACCUAUUUCCGGGAACAUUUGGGAGGAUCAACAACCUGUACUCUCAGAAAACCUCCAGGUCUAAGCUGAGGCCAGUGUCUGACCCAGUCCCUACGACAGACAUCAUGACUAACCUGACCUGUCACCCACACUUCAAAGUCUUCACGAAGACCACGCUUCCGAAGCGCCAUCACUAUGCAAACAACCCCAGAAUCGAUGACAUCAUCAUAGAUGUGGAAGAUGAAUGGCUAGUAACAGACAGGCCACCCAAGAGAUCUGCCCGAGCCUUCUGUACUGGGGGCAGUCAUGGCUAUGACAAUACAUACAAGAGCAUGCAGGCUUUGUUUCUAGCCCAUGGUCCGGUAUUUAACCAGAAUUUGACAGUGAAAUCAUUUGAAAACAUUGAGCUGUAUAACCUGAUGACAGAUGUAUUGGGUAUAAGACCAGCCCCCAAUAACGGAACAGAGGGCUCACUGAAUCAUGUGUUGAGGAAUCCACGCCCCAUGCCUACAGCGACCCCCAUACAGAAUUACACUGACUGGACGAUGGGCACUGUAAUAGAGAGUUUUAUACAGGAGUCGCUGAGGUACAGGAGCCAGUGUCUAGACAGGUGUAGCAUCACCACCAAUACUAACCAGACUAAGGUUAACACAGAGGACCAGCAUGUGCUGUUUGGUCGCCCUUCACUUCAGAUCUCACACACACAGACCAGUGUGUACAUAAAGAGCUACCCAAGUCAUGUGACGGCGUACAGCACCUCCCUCCUGGCUCCACUCUGGGUCUCCUACACACAGACCUCCAGCCCCUCCCCCGAAGCUGACUACCCGACCUGUAUCCUGAGGGGCUUGGACAGACCACAGUGUGAGGCCACCUCCUUCACCCAGAACUCCAGGCAGUAUACGUGGACACCACUGUACAGGACAGCGGUCACCUACUCCUGGGAGAGCUUGAUCUCGCUGAACUUUGUACCAAUGCUGGAGAACUUCAGGCGGGGUAUCUGGAGAAGUGUCCAGAAUCUUACAGACAGAUAUACACAGGACUAUGGCGUGGUCAAUGUGAUGACCGGUCCUAUCUUUGACUACAACACAGACGGACAUAAGGACGAACCAACAUCUGUUCUUCGGAGGAACACCACGGUCAGCAUCCCAACCCACUUCUUCUACAUCAUCAGCAGAUGUGAUGACCAGAACCUGACUACUUGUCCUCCCGAACAUCUGAUAACACUGUCCUUCAUCCUCCCUCAUACAGACAGCAUUACUAACUGUCAGACUACUGACGACUACCUGGAGGACAAUAUGGCUCGAGUGAGGGACAUCGAGCUGCUGACAGAUUUGGAGUUUUACACAGAGUUAUCUCCCCCUGAUUCUGUUCUAUCACGUACCUAUCUGCCGCAGAGACUUUGGCGCAAAAAUGGAUGAUUUGGGAUUUUUCAAUAGUUUCCAUGUUUAAUGAUAAUGUUUAUUCUUUGUAAUAUGGAGUCAAUUAAGAAAUAAAUAUUGAUGGUGC